CUGUUGAAGCAAGAGGAUAUUUUAGGUCUUCUUCAACACGUAAAUUCAACAGACUGGAGUUUUCACCAAAUAUCUUAAAACAAUGUCAAGUUUUGAGCAGUUUCACAUCGACUUUUACCAAUCUAAUUAUACCAUAGAGGACCAGGAAGAAGGUUGCAACAGCUAUGGCUCAGACAAAAACCUCUGUGAAAACAGAAAUAUGGACGUAUCUGAGGAGUGUCAUCAGGCUGCUGGGCAUAAAAAGGCAGAAGUGCCUGGAAGUGGGAGAGGGAGUGGGAGUGGAAGUGUGUCUCCAUCUCUCUGGGUGCCUCUCAGGAACCCCGGCCAGCCCCGAAGUGACCGACAGCGGGGGGACACUCUCUGGUGCCCCGAGGGUACUGAGGGCAGCUGGGCUGGUCGCCUUUGCCACAGAGGAGACGCCGGAGACAUCGGUGGAGGGAGCCCGGCAGAAAAGCAGCCCGCAGGCGGGGCUUUUGUGCCCUCAGACAUGCUGCCGUCCCCCCAGAGAUACUCGGGGCAGAUUCUGCAGCCAGCCUACAGUCCCGACACUCCUCCUCAGCUUGGUUAUGUUGACGGAUUUGACGAGGAGCCUCCUUUGCUAGAAGAACUUGGGAUCAAUUUUGAGCAUAUAUGGCAGAAGACAUUAACAGUUCUAAACCCAAUGAAGCCUGCAGAUGGCAGCAUUAUGAACGAGACAGACCUCACUGGACCUAUGGUUUUCUGUUUGGCCCUUGGAGCAACAUUGCUGAUGGCAGGGAAAGUUCAUUUUGGCUACGUGUAUGGGAUGAGUGCCAUGGGGUGCCUUGCCAUGCACGCCCUGCUCAACCUGAUGAGCGUCUCGGGAGUCUCGCACGGCUGCGUCGCAAGUGUCCUGGGCUACUGCCUGCUGCCCAUGGUCAUCCUGUCCUCUUCUGCGGUUGUCUUCUCACUGCAGGGGAUCCCAGGAACUGUGUUAGCUCUGUUUAUUAUUGGAUGGUGCAGUUUGUCAGCCUCCAAAAUUUUCACGUCUGCAUUGGCUAUGGAAGGACAGCAGCUCCUGAUUGCAUACCCAUGUGCUUUACUUUAUGGACUUUUUGCACUUCUAACAGUUUUCUGAGAUGAAUUUUCUGUUUGUUUUCUCACAGUCUGUUUAUGUUGUUGGGGGGGCAAGGGUUUAUUUACUUAUUUUCAGAUUGCCUAGAGUUGUGUUAAGUUCCAUUAACAAAAUUACAUUCUAUGACUUACUGUUUUUUUUCCUAAUGGCUGAUAAUGAAAUAAAAAAUCAAGCUAACAGGUAGAUGGCCUUAAAAUAAUGGUGUUUUGACAGUCUUACAGCUUAAAGAAAAGAAAUUGUAUUGAGAAGUUAGUAAAAGUGCAAAAAAAAAAAAAAGAAAUAAAUUAUAAUUAAAAUUAAAAAUCCUGUUCUGAGUAUUUAUAAUACAUAUGCUAGAGAGUAACUAGAAUGCAAUUAUGUAAAUAUUUAAUGGACAUAGUAAAUCAAGCGAAAAUGCGUAUUUAUUUGUUUUAAAAAACAGCUUGCCAUCUUAUAUAAUUACUAAUUAAUAUCCAGAAUUUACAUGUUUGGGUUUGGGGUUUUUUUUAUGAUGAAGACUGAGUGACCCUGUUUUGUGACAUUGAAGAAUUGGCCAGGAACAAGCUGAUACAACAGAGGGAACCUAGGAAUGUUGUCUUGUUUUUUCUUUUUUCUUUUUUAAUUUUAAGAGGUGCUGUUGUCCAAAACACCAUGGUACUGCUUUUAAUGCACAAUAAUGAUAUAUUUUAAAAUUUUCACCAAACCACUGCCUGCUGUAACUGCAGGAAAGCACCACUCAAAAUAAAGGCAAACCCUAAAAAUGUCUGCUGAAAGGCAGAACAGUAUUUGAACAAGCAAAAUACAAAUCUCCAAAAUUUUAUCUGCCCCUCAAAAAUAUAUUUGCUGUUUUUAAUUUUAGGGCAACCAAACAUUUAUAUAAUGGCAAUAAAGUACAGAAUGCACAAGAUGAUGUUUUAAAAUAUGGUAUUAGAAAUAUUGAGCCAUCAAGAAGAAUUGCAGAUGGGUGCAGUCACAACAUAAAAAAAAUCUAAGUAUGACGUAGAAGAGAAAAUUAAGGUGGGUGUAGAAAGAGGUAGGAAAAGUAAAUAGAUGAAAUAAAUGGAAAUGUGAGGGAAAUCAAUAGUAGCAGAUUAUUUCUUCAGUGUCUUAUGAUGCCUUUCUUCUUGAUGCGUAUUCUUAUGAUCUUGAUUAUCCUCAGUUGAUUGUUUUGAACUCUUUGUUGAAUCGUUUACAAAAUAUUUUCUUCCUAGACAGCAGGCCGGUGAUUCUGGGACAGAGGGUCCUGAGUGUGCUGCAGGCACUUAGGCAGAAGCUUAGUAUGGCAGAGCUGUUUAAGAAUACACAAAAGUAAUUGUGUUCCUAAUCCUUUUCAAGUCAGAGGUAAAUUAGAUGAUCAGUUUGUCCUCAAGCUAGUUACUCUCUUUCUGAAUUGCAAGAGCCUUUGGUAAAAAUAUUUUUCAUUGCUGUCGUAUUUGGAGGUUUUUUAAAGAAUUCUUAUGCAAGCCAUUCUGGAAUUCAUUUUAUUGAAUUCCAGCAGAACUAGUUCAGACUAGAGGUCAUGAAUAGUAAACAAAAGGUAAUGUAUACUUAGCUAAUUCCUUAAAAAAACACAACUCACUUAUGGAAAAAAUGCUGCAUUUAUCCAUUUCUUUACUGCAAGGCUAUGAAAAUGGGAACAGAGAGACCAAAUUGGAGGCAUGACCCUGGAGCAAAUUGUGGCUAUAACGAGGCAGGAUCUAAUGGCACAUAAGUGGGAAUUGUGUGAAUUUGGAAGAUCAGCAAAUGUAAACAUGAUAAAUUUGGCCCUGCUGUAUCAGGGAGUAAAUCUGACAGUAAUAAGGCACAGAUAAACAUGUCAAGUGACUGCAGGGUAUGGAUAUAAAAAUCAGGCACUUUGAUUUACCAUGCAUUAAUAGCAUUCUCACGUCUGAAUGGGGACAAAUUCAUAUGGUUGCAGUAGUUGUAGAGCUCAGAAAAGAUGGUUUAGAAACAUUUAGAUGUGGUUUUGUCCUACACGUCCUAUUAUCAUUCUUACUGUCUAAAAUAAGAAUAAAAUUACUCUAUUCUGCA